GUAUGAAAAAUCUAUCUAUUGAAAUAAAAAUGAUCCCUUGAAUAUUUUGGUGACAAGUGAGAAGUAUGGUAGGUGCAUGCAGAGCAUCACCAGCACCACCCAUUUCUCAUCUUCCAUUGAGAAACCUCAAAACUUUCAGAAUUCAGAAUUGUUCUCAACAGAGCAAAGCAUCAUCACCACCACACAUCUCCAUAUCUCAACUUCCAAAUAGACGUUUGUUCCUUUUCUCUCUUCCUCUUUCUACCUUCCUUUUCCUUCCUCUUCCUGCAUUUUCUGAAGGUGACAGUGUUAUUUCCACUGAGUAUGACCCAGUAACUCGUUCUGAAAGAGAUGCAAGUGCUUUAAUAUCACAGAGAAUUUCUCUUGGAAUUGAGUUGUUAGAGAAAGGGAGGGAUUUGCAGGCUCAGGGUGACUUCAAUGGUGCUCUUCAAUACUUUUCUCAGGUGAUUGAAAGCUACAAAGACUUAGCAUUCUCAGAGUAUGCAAGGGUAGGGAGAGCACUAGCCCUAUAUGAAGUUGGUGACAGAGAAGAAGCAAUUGCAGAAAUGGAAGAUGUUUCAAUAUCACUAAAAGGGUAUCCCGAAGUACAUGCAGCUCUUGCAGCAGCCUUAUAUGCAGAUAAGCAUGCCGCAUUGCUUGCUGAAAACCAGUUUACAAUUGCAACACUUCUUGAUCCUCAUUUUACAGAUCUUUCAUAUGUUAGAGACACAAAGCACUGGCCUCCAAGUUUGAUUAGUUCUCUUCAGCAUUUCAUUACACUAUCUUAAGACCACACAUGAUAUUCAUACGUAUUGUUUAACCAAUACUUAGCAGUGCCAGCUAUAUAAAAACUUUCUCUCAGGUUUUGGACCUUGAUUACCACUUCAAAUAUAUACCACUGUUUAUUUUACAUUUUUUUCCUUUUCUACUUUAACUUUUGUGAUUCUGAAAUGUAAAUCAACUGUGAUAUAAGUUUUUUUGCUGUUGUCUUUGAUGUUGCAACGGAAGGUAUUUCUGAUAA